GGAAACGCCAUUAGAGAAAUCCCAGAGCGUUUCACAGAAGAUAACAGAAGAGGUGAAUCUCGGCACACGUGCCAAGAAAUCAUAAGUGUGCCAUAUCCGGGCCAUGCACCACGUGGAUCUCUAUCUAGCCAUGCCCAUUCGCGAAACCCAGCCUGAUCUCCCCAUCAAACAGGCCACAUCUACAUGUUGAAUCUAGGCCGUUGGUUGAUCCUCUUCCAAACCGUCCAUUCUGCUGCAAUCUUUGAUGCUGCUUCUGUUGCAUUGGAAAAUGCUUCUCUAGACUCGAAAUUCCUUGGAAAUAUCUUCUCUAGAAUCGGAAUUCUUUCCGUAAAGAGGAGAAGGAGAGAGAUGUUCAGAUUGCACAGGCAUAAGCAAGAGAAAUCAGGGGAGAGAGUCGACUUCAAGUUCUCCCACUUCCACGCCCUUCAGGUGGCCAAAGGAUGGGACAAGCUUUUCAUAUCAAUUAUUUCUGUGGAAACUGGGAAAACCAUUGCCAAAUCCAGCAAAGCUAUUGUACGCAGUGGAAAUUGUCAAUGGAGUGAAGCUCUGUCAGAAUCUAUAUGGGUCUCGCAAGACAAUGCUUCUAAAGAGUUUGAAGAAUCUCUUUUCAAAUUUGUUGUUUCAAUGGGAUCUGCUAGAUCUGGUAUCCUUGGAGAGGCUGUUGUGAAUCUGGCAGACUACAUGAGCUCAAGAGCUGCAGUUCCUGUUUCAUUGCCCUUGAAAAAAUGCAAUUAUGGGACAAUUUUACAAGUCAAAAUUCAGUGCCUUUCCCCAAGACCAAGGGAUGAAAAGAAGUCAAAGGAAACAACCUCCCACCUGGAAGAUACGAAUAUGGAAUACGAUGACAUGGACAACAAAUCAGAUGGAUCUGAUAACAUGUUCAAUAAGAGUUCUGGAUCUUCCUCUGGUAACCAUUUAGGUGGUAAUUCUCAUCCAGGAGAAAUAGGGAUCAGGGACAUGAGCUUUUCAGUGUCAGGAUCACACCAUAGUUCUGACUCAGGGGAAGGCUCAGUAGGCAGGGUGGCUUCUUCCCCUAGAAACAGUAUAAACAAUGGUGAUGCAUACAUUCCGGUCAGAAGACAAGAUUCAGCAGCCUCCCAAAAUAGUGCAAAUGUCGGGAAUGGCCCUGGUGAUGAUCCUUCUAGAUCAAACCCAUCUUCCUUCAAUUCAAGGGUUGCAGGAUCAGGCAAUCAUCUUCAGAAGCAGUGGCAGGAGCUUACUGGCCAAAGCUCUUCACAUGGGCUUGCCCCAAUAUCACUGAGGCCUGCCAAUUCUUCUAAGGACCUUCUUGAAGCUGCUGAAGAUACCAUUGAGGAGCUCCACGCAGAAUCGAAGAUGUGGGAAAGAAAUGCUUGCAAGUUAAAGCUUGACCUGGAGAUAUUGCGAAAGGAUUUCUCUGACCAAUCAAGGCGGCUGGCAGAUCUGGAGAUGGAACUUUCAGCAGCAUGCACUGAACGCGAUGGCUUUAAACUGGAGAUCGAGCAAUUGCAAUUGUCAUUGGAUAAGUUGGUGGCCAAACAAAAUCCUGCCGAUAGUUCAAAAUCACGAGCCGAUGAUUUAAGUCAUAUGCAAAGAGAAUUGGAAAAUGAGAUAAAGUUUCAGAAAGAAUCCAAUGCCAAUAUGGCUGUACAGCUGAAGAAAACUCAGGAAUCAAACAUUGAGCUUGUUUCUAUUCUUCAGGAGCUGGAAGAGACCAUAGAGAAACAGAGAUUGGAGAUAGAAAAUCUUUCAGCUCAAAAAGCUGAAUUUGGUGAUAUGAAAGGCUAUAGGCAUGGAACUGAAGAGAGUGGUCAGUCAGAUCAAACCGAUGGAAUUUCCGUCAGAAAUACAAGUGCAGGGCCUAAUGAUCAGGGAGGCAGUGUUCACCAAGAUACAACAGGAAAUUCACAUGAACAAGCGUGGAUGAAGGACAAUCUGAGCUUAGAACACCAGCUCACUGAGUUGCAGGAAUCACAAAGGAAAAUGCAAUCUGUUGUGCAGUUACUGGAGAAAAGCUUAGAAGACAAGAAUCAAGAGAUUCAACUUGAGAAGGAGCUGAGGGACCAAUCUUUGUUGGAUAUCGAGGCAGAAUGGGCAUGCAAGCUAUCUGCAAAAGAAGAAGAAAUCUUCAAACUGGAGGCAAAGCUAUCUGAUUCAGUCAAUGCUCCAUCUUCACCGAAAACGGGGUCUGCCUAUGGAGGCUAUCCUGAUAUGGUAAAUGAGAUUGCGGCCUUACGAGCUAAAGUGCAGGAGCUAGAGAGGGACUGCAAUGAACUUACAGAUGAAAACCUGGAGCUUAUAUUGAAAAUGAAGGAAUCAGAAGGGGAUAUCACGACAGGAAUUGGAUCUGAUGAGUUUCAGUAUUCUGCAACUACAUCCGAAUCUGAAAUUGGUCAGCUCAAAUCCCAGGUACACCAGCUGGAACAGCAGCUAAAGGAGAUGGAAAUGCUUAAUGAAGUUGCUGCCAACCACUUGCAAACCCAAAUAGAUCUUCAGAAGAAGAGUGCUGAUCUUGAGAGUGAGCUGCAGUCUUUUAAGGCUAAAGCAUGUAAUCUUAGUGGUGAACUCAGUAAAAGUCAACUUGAAGUAGAAAAGAAAGAGAUGGAAGUUACUGCAUUACAGCAAGAGAUUGAAAGUUACCGAGUUAGAGAAAUCGACUGGGAGAACCAGCUUGAUGUUGCAUCCACGAGAGAAAGUGUAGAGUCAAAUAGCCUCGUAGAACUAUCAGAAAUCUUUUCUGAGAUGUAUAAGCAGCUUCAGCUGGCUUUAGCGACUUUGAAGAAGCCAUGGUACGAUAUUGAUUCUGAUGUGCAGAUAGAGCAUCAAGAUGGGCUUCAUUUAUUGCAUUCUAUCAGUACAGAUGGGGUCAUUCAGAAAAAGCAGGCUGAGGAUAUGGUAAAUGAUUUUCGUGAGCUGAAUGAUUUAUUGGGAGAAAAGAUUGCUAAGUGCAAGGCAUUUGAACGGGCUAGUGAUGCUCAGAAGCUGCUGAAUGAUUACAUUCUGAAAGAAAAUACUCUUUCGCUGUCGAUUCAAGAACUAGAGAACUUGAAGAUGGAACUGCAGUCUAAAAUUGCAGACAUGGGUAAGGAACUGGACGUGAGCAGGUCCGUGAUGGCAGAGCUUGAAUCUGGCAUUUUAUUGAAGGAAGAGGAGAUUGAGGUUCUCCAGCAUUCUCGGAUGGAACUAGAAGUUCAGGUUUCUAACCUUUCGAAAGAAAAGGAUCAGUUGGAAGAAAGCUUAGAUACUGCAAAAAGGGAAAGUAGUAUUACCACCAAAUGCUUGGAUGAUGUACGACAGGAUUUGGUGGUGCUUACUUACAAUAUGGAUUCCCAUGUUUCUGCUAACAAGAUGCUCGAAAGGAAGUCGACAGAGCUAGAGAGUAGCAGGCAUGAAUUAGAAAUUCAUGUAUCUGAGCUAGAGGAAGAAAAUGUGCAGCUGUCAGAACGCUUAUCUGGCUUGGAAGCUCAGUUAAGGCAUUUGACAGAUGAGAGGGAGUCUAGUAGAUUGGAACUAGAAAGAUCCAGGCGGCUUGUAGCAGAUCUUAAGAAUGAGGUUGAAAAGCUAGGAAUUGAAAUGGAAAUGCAGAAGGCAGAUCUGAAACAAAAGUUGCAAGAAACACAGAAGCAGUGGUCUGAAGCCGAAGAAAAAUUGGAAAUUUCAAAGAGAUCGCACUCAAAAUUACAAGCUACAGUUGAAGGUUUGAUUGAAGAAUGCACUUCUCUUCAGAAACUGAAUGAGGAGUUGAGGCGGCAGAGACUGAAGUUGCAUGAGAAUUGCACGCAUUUAGAGGCUGAAUUGAGGGAAUCACGGAAAAACUUUUCUGAAUGCUGUAAGAAAGUCGAACACUUAGAGGAAAAGUAUUCUUCAAUGCAUAAAGAUGCUGCUUCAAAAGAAAAAUUGCUAACUUCAGAGCUAGAUUCUCUUCUUCACGAGCACAAGCAAAAUGAAGAGAAACUCAUUCUAGCAGAAAGCUUGCUAAAGCAGACUCACUUGGAUAAGACAACUGAAGCUGAGAACCUCCAAAGAGAGGUAGCACAUCUCACUGCACAGAUAGUGGCGACUCAUGAUGAAAGAGAGAGAAUGGCAUCAGAAGCCGUACUUGAAGUAUCCAGACUACGUGCUGAUAAAAGUAAACUUGAAAAUUCUCUUCAAGAAUACCAUGCAAAGGCUAGAUUAUAUGAAACUGAGUUAUGUGCUCUCCAAUUAGAAUCUGAAAGUAAGGUACAAGGGUUGACUGAUAUGCUUUCUGCUUCUAAACAGAACGAGGAAUUGUUUAUGGCCGAGCGUGAGCAUAUGAAGAGAUCCCUGGAGGAUGUCAAACUAAGUGAAGAGAGACUAAAGAGCAUCGUAAGUGAAAUAGAAAUGAAGCUUAAAGCUUCUGAAUAUGAAAGACAGCUUUUAACAGAAGAGACUGCUAGCCUGAAGGUCCAAUUGCAAGACAUGGCACGCCUUCAGGAUGAGAUUUCUGCCCUUAAGAGCAUGCUCGAUGAGACGAAAUAUGAAAAGGGUAAACUGGAAACAUCACUUCAAGAAUUGUCUAUGGAUUGUGAAGAGCUGAAGGUGGAGAGAUUUUCAUUUAUGGAGAAAUUUUCUAACAUGCACAAGGCUUUGUCCGAAGGAGAGGAAUGCAUACGUAGUAAGGUUGCCUUAGAAGAAAAGCUUUUGCGGUUGGAGUGUGAACUAACUGCAAAGGAAGCAUCAUGUGCUAAUGAUGUUGAGCUGAAGAAUGAACUUAGCCGGAUUAAGAGAACAAAUAGCCAAUUUCAGCGGAAGAUACAAUGCCUUGAGGAGGAGAAAGAAGAGUGCUUAAGGAGAGCUCAAGGUCUUGAAGAGGAAUUAAAACUGAAGAGGGAAAAUAAACAUUUGGAUGAGAAACAGAUUCUAAGUGGGUCAAGCAAUAAAAACUUGCCCGAAUCUUCAGAAUCCAAUCUGGUGAAGCCCUUAGAGGGAAAUGAAUUCUCAAACAGUAAGAUGGAGGCCCAGAAAGAUUUCCCUAAUUCUCAGAGUGAUAACAUGCUACUUGAACAUAAAGAAAGGCCACAAGGAGCAGUUGAUCUUGUGUCUAAGGUCCAAUUGCUUGAAACUGAACUUGCUGAAGCCUUGGAGGCAAAUAACAAGUAUAAAUUACAGCUUAGUGGGAGGUUGGUAGGAGAAUACGAAGGAAUGGAGAGAAAAGCAUCAUCGCUGGAAGAAGAGUUGAGAGACAUGCAUGACCGCUACUUCCAUAUGAGCCUAAGAUUUGCUGAAGUAGAAGCUGAACGAGAGGAACUUGUAAUGAAAGUUAAGACUCUGAAUAAUGGGAAAAGGUGGUUCUCAUGAAUCCAAAAGUAUGGAUUUUCUGCUACUCUCUUUACAUUUUGUAUUUCUUUUGUUUUUCAUUUUUCUUUCGUAGACAUUCUUCUUUGAUAGUCAUUCAUAUUUUGGAGAGGGAAUAACAUGGGGGAAAGAAGAUUCAAGCUGUAAUUAUGGAAGAGACAGGAUUUGAGAGCUCUAUAAUUUUGAAAUAAAUGUAAAGAGAACUCUGUAAUUUUGAAAUAAAUAUUAAGUAUAUGUGAUCCAAUACCAUUUGAAUGAGAGAA